GCUUCCACUUCACACACUGUUAAAAUUUCCAAAAGGCAACAAUGUCUUUCCUUCAUUACCUACCUCUCUCAACUCCACAUCUUAUUUCCCAAUGCCCCAAAACCCAAUCCUACAAAACCUGAAAACCCUAACAAAAUCCCUUCUGUUUUUCAAAAAUGCUGCACCACCACCCUGUUUUGUUUUCCUCUCAAUGUGCUUCCCCCUUUGGGUUUUGGGUUUAGCCCUUUCUUCUUUUUAAACACACCCAAAGUCCCAAAAUUCCCUUUUUUUUCUUUCUUUUUUUUCAUUUUUGGGUGCCUUGCCAGCAUUACUUGAACAGGGUUUGGAUAAGCUAUUUACUUGAAGGAUCUUAGGUUUUUUUCCUUGGGAAUUUGAUUGUGGUUAAAGGGUGUAUCGGUGUCGGCGAAAAUGGCGUCUGAUCUGAACAAAACACUGUCAAAAACAUACAUUGGUCUACAGUUAUGGGUACUUAUUGUAAUUUGUUUAGGGAUAGUGUUUUUAGUUAUUCUUGGUAUAUCUCUGUGGCUUAGCUUUCGAAAGAAAACCGGGAGGCAUAAGGACAUACUUCCAUCAAGACAAGCACCUUAUGUUUCGGAGGAAAUUAAAGAAAUAGGAGUCGAUGAAGUUUCGGCGAACAAUGGCAGUCCGAAUACUCUUAACUAUAAAUUCAGUGAUAGAGAUUCAGACAAGGUUUCAUAUCAUGUUGGUAACGGAGAUGACAGUGGCCUGUCUGGUUCUUUUAAUCAUUUAGGGAAAGAUGUUAAGGGAUCUCAACCAGCUGAAGAGAAAGGUGUCGGAGUGGUUUCCGUGUUCAGGCCUUCUUCGCAUCCGUUAACCGCUCCUUCACCUUUGUCUGGUCUACCCGAAUUUUCGCACUUAGGAUGGGGUCAUUGGUUCACUCUUAGAGACCUACAGCUCGCAACCAACCGGUUUUCUAAGGAUAAUAUUAUCGGUGAUGGUGGAUACGGAGUUGUUUAUAGAGGCAAUCUGGUUAACGGGACACCCGUAGCCGUCAAAAAGCUCCUUAACAAUCCGGGGCAAGCUGACAAAGAUUUUCGAGUCGAAGUUGAAGCUAUCGGUCACAUGCGACAUAAAAACUUAGUUCGACUUCUCGGGUAUUGCAUUGAGGGAACUCAUAGGAUGUUGGUUUACGAAUAUGUCAAUAACGGCAAUUUAGAGCAAUGGCUUCGUGGAGUUAUGUCUCACAAGGGAUAUCUUACUUGGGAGGCUCGUAUAAAGAUUCUUCUUGGUACUGCCAAGGCGUUGGCUUAUUUGCAUGAAGCUAUUGAACCGAAAGUCGUGCAUAGAGACAUAAAAUCGAGUAAUAUAUUGAUUGAUGACAACUAUGAUUCUAAGAUAUCCGAUUUUGGUCUGGCCAAAUUGUUAGGUGACGGGAAAAGUUAUAUCGCAACAAGAGUUAUGGGUACCUUCGGUUAUGUUGCUCCGGAAUAUGCCAACUCGGGCCUCCUGAAUGAGAAGAGUGAUGUUUAUAGCUAUGGUGUAGUGCUCUUAGAAGCAAUUACUGGAAGAUACCCUGUAGAUUACGGUCGCCCUCAGCCCGAGGUAAAUAUGGUCGAGUGGUUAAAGAUGAUGGUUCAACUCCGCCGAUCGGAGGAAGUAGUUGACCCUAACAUAGAGGCUAGACCAUCAACUAGCGCUCUUAAACGAGCUCUUUUGACCGCUUUGAGAUGUGUCGAUCCUGAUGCAGAUAAAAGACCGAAGAUGAGUCAAGUCGUUCGCAUGCUUGAAUCAGAGGAGUAUCCUAUACCUCGAGAGGAUAGAAGACGCAGAAGGAAUCAGACAGUGAACUCAGAAGCUGAAACAGGACCGAGAAACUCUGAUUCUGAUAGGAGUGAUGAUACGGAUUCAAGGUCAGACAGCCGAAUCUACCACUGCCCCUCCUAGACAUUUAGGAUAAAUGGUUUCAAAAGCCACCAAUGCUUUACUUAGGUCAAAAAUUGUGAUGCUUCAGAAUGGUGUAUACGAGAUGGCAAAUGUCGUGCAGCCGAUACAGGCAAACGAUUAAAUUUAUUUAUUUUUAUAUGGGAUCUUUGAAUUACAUAUCUAGUUGUAAAUUCUAGAGAAGAUUAGUUUGUUUUUGGUUCCAGAUAUGGCGUUCUCGGUCAUCGUUGUGCAUUGUUUGCCUUGCCACAAGAUUUUUCUGUACAGGUCUAUUAUAUGGGAUUCUAUAUAAAUUUUUUUACCUCCA